AUGGAGACCCAUUCAAAAGACCAGGCCUGUGAAGUCCAGGAAUCUGCUGUUAAUGCUGAAAAUGCCUCCUUGAAUUUGGGAGUUGGGGAGUUUUUAACUCCUCAGAAAGACGCCGCUGAAGUGACUCUUAACCGCUGCGCACCAGAUGCUUUUAAGUCGCCCAUGAAUUUUUCCUCAGUCACCGUCGAGCAAUUGGGAAUCACACCUGAAAGUUUUGUAAAGAGCCCUGCAGGAAAGGCAUCUUACCUUAAAAAAUCAAGACGACGCUCCACAGUUGGUGCUCGGGGUUCUCCUGAAACAAAUCAUCUUAUUCGCUUUAUUGCUCAGCAGCGGAAUUUGAAGAAUGCAGAGAAAUCUUCUUUGGUACAGAAUUCCCCUCUCCAGAGAAGCCCUGGUCUGUAUCCAAAAAAUGUCAAUACUUUAAGAGAACGCAUUUCUGCCUUCCAGUCAGUGUUUUACUCCAUAAAGGAAAAUGAGAAAAUUUUGGAGCAACCUGAAUUCUCAGAGACAGGAGGGUUCAUGACAACAAACUUGACCCCCAAAAAUAGUGUUGGUAUUUGUCAGAAGUCUGAGAUUUCUGCAAAGUCACCCAAACGUCGACGAUUAUUGUCGCCAAACGAUGAAAAUUAUCCUGACACUCUUGAUCUCCAGAAAUUCAGCAUUACCACUUCUCCCAAUACAGACGGAACACUUGCUGUCCAGAAUUGUCUUGCGGAUCCUUCUGAGAAAUCUUCUGAAACUUGUUUAACACAGUCUGGAUAUUUGGUUGAAGAGUCUGUUCCAUUUUCAGAUCUCACCAGGACUUCCAGUGGCAUAAAGGUUGCCAGCUGUGUGCAGGGCCAAGGAGCAGGCAGUGCCAACGCACCUGACAGAUAUAUGGAUACUAACACAAACCCAGCUCCCGAAGUGAGGUCCAUGGUGACCCCACUUUGUGGAAAGAACUGUUCGUCCUCGGAGACCGUUAUACUUCGUUCUGUGUUGAAGAAACCCUCUGUUAAACAGCCUGUAGAAGGCCUUCAGGAACACUGUGAAAACCUUUGUGAAGAUGAAAUUCAUCCAAACUUAGUCUCAAAUCUUGCAAAGUGUUGCAAAGAACGAAAAUCAGAUCAAGAAGACUGUAAAGGACCAGCUGUUGUAAACCUGAGGAAGAGGAAGAGAGUUACUUUUGGAGAGGAUCUAAGUCCUGAAGUGUUUGAUGAAUCCUUGCCAGCGAAUACUCCAUUGCGCAAAGGAGGAACUCCAGUGUGUAAAAAGAAUUUGGGUAAUUUGAGUCCCCAUCUUGACCAGUCUCCAGUUCCUGAGCACUUACCACAACCAAACUUUGAUGACCAGGAGGAGAAUCUCGAAAACAUAGAACCUCUUCAGGUAGCAUUUGCAGUUCUGAGUCCUCUUAGUAAAUCUUCAGUCUCAGAGACUCUUUCAGGCACUGACACCUUCAGCUCUUCAGAUAACUGUGAGAAAAUAUCUCCUCAUAAAGGUGCUAGAGUAACAAGAGCCUCUAGCAGAAGAAGUCAGUUGAUCAGUUUUGCAGAAGAAAAUGUUUGCAACUUACUUAAUACAGAAGUUCAGCCUUGUGAAGAAAAGAAAACGAAAAGGAGGAAGUCUCAAGAAAGCAAGCGCCCAGACAGAGUACAUCCAAAAAAGAAUCAGGCUUUAAAAAGUGGCAGAAAGAAGAGAGGAAGGACCAAGAAAGCUUUUCAGAAGUCUUUAUAUGGGGAACGAGACAUUGCUUCUAAGAAGCCUCUCCUAAGUCCUAUUCCUGAGCUGCCUGAGUUCCUAGAUGUGAUGCCUUCAUUUUCAAGCUUUCAAAGGAUGGAGUCAGAUGAUUUUAACUCAAAUGGUGAACUUGAAGAAGUGCAACUUCCUAAAAUAAACACUCUUCUGCCUGAGAACCCAGAAGACUUGCAGGUGAAUCAAGGUUUUAACUGUGAUGUGCCUGAAUUCCACAGCUCCUACAUAAAAAGUUCCACAGCACUUGAUAAAACUACUUUUGAUCAAGACUUAAAUAUAGAUACUAGAAAAGUUAACACAAACGAAAACAUUCCAAAAGCAGAAAUUACUUUGGGAAGUGGAAAGGAGCUGAAAAGUGGGACUGAAAAUAACAGUCUUAUUUCUUGUGCUUCUCUGAUGAAACAACCUGUUGAUUUAGGUGGUCUAGAACUUGAUUUUCUCUGCCAGCCCCAGGAAUUUUCUGUGGCCAGUCAAAACGUGGAAAACCUCUCUCCAAUCUUUAAAAUUUCAGAAGAUGAAUAUGUAAAGCGUGAAAAGCAAGAUGACUUUGUGGUAGCUACAGCAGGGAAGUUGCAGACUAAGCAUCUAAUGACAGGUGCACAGACAGACUUUGAUAGUUCAGAUGUUCUGGCGGAUAAGGUGAAAGAAAGGCAAAGUGAGGAGUCGGGCAGGAGCUCUGCGGAGAGUAGUGGAGGCAGUUGUAGGGACCGGAAACAAAGAAGGCGCUCCCGGUGUCUUUCCAGAGGCCAGAGUUUACCUUUGGAAAAAGGUGGAAAUCAACAACCAUGUGUAACUGUAGAAACAAAUUUAGAAAAUCUGGAGCUAAAUCCUGAGCUCUACAAAGAUUUAUCUGACUCCAUAGAACAAACCUUUCAACGAGCAAGUAGUAAAACAAAAGUUCGACGAAGCACAAGGCUGCAAAAGGAUUUGGAGAACCAAGGGCUUGUGUGGGUCUCUCCUCCGUCUUGCACGUCCCAGAAAACCAAAAGGAGAACAAUAAGUACAUUCGACCGCAGCGGGUAUGAAAAUCUGUCCUCCAGUAAAGAAACGGUGUUCUCGGAACAAACGCCAUGGGUGCCGCCCAUUAUACCAAGUAAAGAAAACAGCAUUGCCACUUCUUCCAAUUUACCUGGCAAGAGGAGGAAGAGCUUUUGUACAUCUGCACUUGAAAAUACAAGAAAUACUAGUCAGUUCAAAAGAAGAAUGCAUAACCAGAGGGGAGAAAAGUCUUCAAAUGACCGAUCAGAGAUCUGA